UCCAGGUGGCGGGGUGACUAGGCCAUUGGCCCUCGAGCCGAGACUUGUCUCUCACUUAGCUCUCGGGAUCUCCUGGCCGACAUGAGUGAUGUAGAGGAGAACAACUUCGAGGGCAGAGAGUCUCGCUCUCAGUCAAAAUCUCCAACGGGAACCCCUGCUCGAGUAAAAUCAGAGAGCAGGUCAGGAUCUCGUAGUCCAUCAAGGGUUUCCAAACAUUCUGAAUCCCAUUCUCGAUCAAGAUCAAAAUCCAGGUCAAGGUCAAGGAGGCAUUCUCAUAGACGCUACAGUCGGUCCAGGUCCCAUUCUCAUAGGAGACGAUCUCGAAGUAGAUCCUAUACGCCAGAGUAUUGUCGACGAAGAAGUUGGAGUCACUCUCCAAUGUCUAAUGGCAGAAGACAUACAGGCAGCAGGGCAAAUCCAGAUCCCAACACUUGCCUGGGAGUGUUUGGCCUCAGUUUGUACACAACAUAGAGAGAUCUUCAUGAAGUAUUUUCUCGAUAUGGACCGUUGAGUGGUGUGAAUGUGAUUUAUGAUCAGCGAACUGGGAGGUCACGUGGAUUUGCUUUUGUGUAUUUUGAGAGGAUAGAUGACUCUAAGGAGGCUAUGGAAAGGGCAAAUGGAAUGGAACUGGAUGGUAGAAGAAUUCGUGUGGAUUAUUCUACCACCAAGAGAGCACACACGCCCACACCAGGCAUUUACAUGGGCAGACCAACUCAUAGUGGCGGAGGAGGAGGUGGAGGAGGCGGCGGUGGAGGCGGCGGUGGUAGUGGUGGUAGACGACGAGAUUCUUACUAUGAUAGAGGAUAUGACCGAGGCUAUGACAGAUAUGAAGAUUAUGAUUACCGGUACAGAAGAAGGUCGCCAUCUCCUUAUUACAGCUGCUACAGGUCACGGUCAAGAUCUCGUUCCUACAGCCCAAGACGCUAUUGAUAAUGAAGCAGUUAUGGCCAAGGACUUUCCUUUCCUUUUUUGAGUCUGAUUUAUGAGCUUCCAAUGCUUCCUGGUCC